AGUAAUAGUGGUGGUAGUAGUAGUAAUAGUAGUGGUAGUAGUAGUAGUAGUAAUAGUAGUGGUAGUAGUAGUAGUAAUAGUGGUAGUAGUAGUAGUAAUAGUGGUAGUAGUAGUAGUAAUAGUGGUAGUAGUAGUAGUAAUAGUAGUGGUAGUAGUAGUAGUAACAGUAGUGGUAAUAGUAGUAGUAGUGGUAGUAGUGGUAAUAGUAGUGGUAGUAGUAGUAAUAGUAGUGGUAGUAGUAGUAAUAGUAGUGGUAAUAGUAGUGGUAGUAGUAGUAGUAGUAGUAGUAGUAAUAGUAGUGGUAAUAGUAGUAGUAGUAGUAGAGGUAGUAGUAGUAAUAGUAGUGGUAGUAGUGGUAAUAGUAGUAGUAGUAGUAGUAGUAGAAGUAGUAGUAGUAGUAGUGGUAGUAGUAGUAGUAGUAGUAAUAGUAGUGGUAGUAGUAGUAAUAGUAGUGGUAGUAGUAGUGGUCGUAGUAGUAGUAGUAGUAGUAAUAGUAGUAGCAGUGGUAGUAAUAGUAGUAGUAAUAGUAGUAGUAGUAGUAGUGGUAGUAAUAGUAGUGGUAGUAAUAGUAAUAGUAGUGGUAGUAGUAGUAAUAGUAGUGGUAGUAGUAGUGGUAAUAGUAGUGGUAGUAGUAGUAAUAGUAGUGGUAGUAAUAGUAGUAGU